GCUUGGAGUUACGAUGUCGGUUGAAGCUGAUUCGCUCUGGCUGCCGCUGCCGCUACUGCUGUUGUUAUUGCAGCAGGAGCCUUCAUUCGUGCGUCUGUGUGUGUGUCUGAUAUAGCCGGCGUUCGGUUCGACGUUCGGGGCCUGGUCGGAUGCUGCGAAUUUGUUGCUUGCGGCUGUAACAGCAAUAGCACCGCUGAAGCGAUAGAACGAGCCACAACAGCGAGCCGCGCUGCGGCUGCCGCCUCUGCCUUUGAUUACCUGCACUUACCGCGCUGAUGCUCGACCGGCUGAUGCUCUUUUGAGGGUCCGUGCUCCGAGGGUCUGUUGGCUAGCUGGUUUAUUUGCCUGGCUCCAUCGUCGACGGCGACGACGCACUCCUCGUUGAGCGUUAUGCUCUUCGUCAACUUGGCAGUGCGCUGCAUCGCUUUCCGUAGACAGAACGCACCAAUCGCGCCUUGCCUCAUCAGAUCAGAUGAACAGGUAGACCAAUAGACAUCGCUGCAGGACCUUCUUCCAGGUGGCAUCGCUGCCAUAACCAAGAAAUCACUCGGUCUGGCAGAAACGGCGGCAGCUUCUUGAAAGGAAAGCUGUUAGCGGCGUUGCCAAACUGUGGAUUGCCUUUAGGUGUUACCACUCACUUCCAUGUCGGCGAAAAAAAAAGACAAAAUCCAGCCGGCGGUAACCGGGCUAGAACUAUUUGUUGAUGGUGGUUUGUCGCGUAGUUAUAUGGUUGGCAGCGCAAGAUAGGAAAAACAACUAGAAGUAUCUUUCUUGCGUCACCUCGAAUCCUUCUUCUGGAGCAGCAGGCAACGCUGAACGGCAAAGAUCAGGCGGAUCCUAACGCCGCUCGAACAUAGGUCAAGGUUCGAAGAGAAAGAAACCAACUUCAAUUCUCGUAUCAGGUCUCGCCUAACAGUCGUCAGAGUAAGUGAGGUUUUUUGUCUCAACUUUCUCGUUGGCGUCUACUCGAAUCUCUACUUCGACGGCUUUUGUCAGUGCACUAGUGAGAAUACAGCCCCACGUUUUUAUCGUUGGAAAAUGGCGCAUUGCACUGCGUCACGUUAUAUUGCUACAUCUGUAUUCGGUUUAUCGUGUGCAGUGUGAAGUCUGCGUCGAACUUCCAAGUAGAAAAAUACAAACGGAAAAAAAUAGUUUCGUUAAUCAAAAAGAGCGCUUGGCUUAUGUAGAAUUACGGUGAAUAGAUUAUUGGGUUGCUUCAUCACCGUCGCUUCCGAGUUAGCGUUUGGUUUGGGUCGAGAGACUCCUUGAAAGGACGUUGGAAAAAUUUACACAUAUAGCGAAAGUUUUCUAUGAGCUAAGUGGCCCCAUCAAGAGACCGUUGAAAUGUAUGGCCGUUACAAGAUGACAGUGAUUUCGUUGAUCCAUUGUUGAUUGUUACCUCCAUUGAUCAUGGCAUUCACCGUGGUGAUUUGGUGAUAAGUUCGUUGGAGCGUGUGAUGCAUAAACGGAUACGUCAUUUACGCGCUAUCGACAACCGCCGCCACGUCAUUUAUUGAAGACGAAAACGGUUCGCGAUGCUGAUCUCGAUGGAUAAUACUCAACCUCACGUGGAGCCCGCACUUCAUAAUGAAUCGGUGCCGUCAGCGGGCGAAUCAUCAGCUUCAGUGGCAUCGCCUGUCUCUUUAUCGGCGGAGCGUGAUAUCCACCUGCACUGCGAGAACUGCAUUAACGUCGGCACUUGCCACGACUCCACUUGUCCGAUCGUGCCGUGCGACUGUGGACACAAACUACACGAGUGCAAACUCGAAGACCACGCCCUUCUCUGUCGUGAGGCCGAUUUCAAAGUAAGAGGGGCAUUAUCGGGGCGAGCCAACGGUUCACGUUGGAUUCAACGAUCUGCGACCCACGUUCGCAAUCCUUCGAGUGCUGUUCCCCCUGCGUUACGGAAGCAUCCUGAGCUUUCGUCUCUUUCACCUAACCGCAUGGCGUCACCCUCGCAAUUGGACGCGGGCUCUGCUUCGCAGCGUUCUCCUAACCAGGAUUAUCUUCCCACUUCAACUCCUCCAACCUCUCCUUUAGAAUCAUCUCCCCCCUCUCAGACUAACUCUAACUCGGGUGCGGGUAAACGAUUCUUGCUCGACGAUGUCGAAAUGAACGUGCUCGAGACGCUGGCCAAAGAGAAUCCCGACUUACUGACCCACGGUGUAAAUCUCGACAUCGAGGAAACGAUCACAUGCUCCCCAGAAGACGACACACCGCCUGGUCUACACGAGUCUGAUAUGAUGUCGCCAUCAAGUGAACAAACUGGCUCGGGUCUAAACUCCGAACGCAACUCUGUCCCAAACGUUGAAAUUUUUGUCGUAGCUGAUUCUGCCGAGUCCAAAAGACGUACAGACAGUUUAGUCGAACUGGGAGAGAACAUCGUUGCUGAGGCUGUCCAGCUAGCGAAGUCCACAGUUGAAGAUAUGCUUCUGCGCACGCAGGAAGAGAAGCUCGCGGCAGCACAACAGCAUAUGAACAAGGGUGACGUGAAUAAUCAAGCAGAAACGGUCACGCCUGAUAAGGCACGUAUUUCCCCUAACAGCGGGGACAACGGCGAGACUAUGAUCAAUAAAGCCGAGGAGCAGAAACAGACGUCGGAGCUGUUAGACUCGCUAAUGAAGACACCGCGGCCGGCAGCCCGUACCUCACUUGCCGGUGAGGACGCCGAUAGUUUGUCGGAAGAGCCCGACAACAACGAGCCCGACUCGGAACAGAUGCUUGACGACGCUUCGCUUUCACUUCAUGGGCACGAGGAGCCUGAGACGGUGAGUGAAGAGUCUUCCUCCUGUUUGGAGCCGGUGCGCGUGCAGGGUGCAAAGAGUCCUACACUCGAAGACAUACCCGACUUGCCAGAUGACCAGGAAAAAAAGGCCAAACUCAGAAGUAAAGCGCGCAAAGAUGUUAUCGAAGAGGUGAUCGAUGAAGAUGAUGACGAUGACGACGAGAGCCAGAACUCCGACACGGAGUCGCAUUCGCCAUCACCCCUAGAUAACUACCGCCGCAGCCGAACGGUUGUUCGUAAAGUGAAAAAGGUUGAGGCAACCGUUAUACAUUCGGAGUCAACGAUGACAACUGGAAAACAGGAAAAGUUACAGUCUUCAGCCACUUCCUCCAAUCAGACAACGCGUAUAAUCCGUCGCAACGAAAAUCCAAACAAAAUUGUUAACACCACAUGUCGAAGCCAACAACUUUUGCCAUCGUUUGUAAAACCAAUACCGAGAUUGUCACUGCCACAGAAGCAAAGCUACGUCCAGAAUGCAGUCGAAAAUAGGAUCUGUAACGGGCAUGGAUCUAUGCCGCUUUCGCCUGAAAGGGCGCUUCGCUCGCGCGAAAAUAUACCAUCGAUCAGUAUUGAAUGCCUUAAAAAUGCCUAUGACAGCCUGGCCCAGGCGAAGCAAGGUGGCGAUUCUGCCACCUUGAGCAAACCUACCUCGUGUCCUGAUGAUCUUGUCCCAGUCAACAUUAAUGCAUUGCGCGAAAGCUUGACCAGGCAGACGAGCAUCCAUGCUGCCCGGGAAGCUUCGCCCAUCGAGGAUGUGAAACUCAGUGUGGACAAAAAGAAGCUCCAGAACCAAUUCAGCGUGGAAUCAGGCGACGUGGAUGGUAAAUGUAAGCGGUGUCAGGGAACCGUCUACCCCGCUGAAUGCGUUCGCGCCGAAAAGGCUCAAUACCACAAGAAGUGCUUCACUUGCAAGGAAUGUAAGAAGUCACUGAGUGCCGAAUCGUAUCACUCUCACGAGAGCGAAUUAUAUUGUGCCAACCAUUUCAAGCAGCUCUUUCAACCGAAGGCUAAUUUCGACCGGACCGUAACUCCGAACGGCCAGGAGAUGUCGUCAGGAUGUAUCAGUGUUGAUGAUGGGAAACAACGAGAGCCGAUUAUCCGCGAAAACGAACCUGCGCAGCUUCCCCCAGAUGUUGUAAGAUGCGGCACCGGAAGCACCAUGGAAGAUCUGGAGGGUCUGAACCUUAAUUUGGCUUCAAUUAAAUCUCAAUUUGAGAAAAAGGACAAGGCCGAUAUCAAUGCGAAGGGACAGCCGGCCGUUGACAGAAGCGCAUCCUCCCGGUCCGAUGUUCUCCGCAAGCGACUGGAAAGGUACCAAUCCGUUGUGGCCGGUGAGGCGAAAGCGGAGUCGUCCGAUGAGGAGGGUGGCGACGACCAGGCGGAUUCAUCUAAGAAAAUUGAGCCUUGCCGUGAGAUCGGUGAACUCAAGGCUCAGUGGGAAAGCGGCCGAGUCAAUAACGAUAAUGGCUUCGCAACGGCCGAUGCGGAGUCACUGCACGAGAAAAUAUGUCCUGGGCUCUCAAAGACAAAGGUGGCCUACGAGAAAGCCAUAAAGGAAUCGCACACUAAGGAAAACAAGACGUCGCCACCGGAGGACGUAUCGGUGGGACACGCGUUGGCUAAUUCGUUGAAGAAGAAGUUCGAAUCGGGAGAGGUGGCUAAGGAAGAAGAAGCGGAACGUCUGGAAGCAGUUAAAUCGGAGAAGGAGGAAGAUUUAUCCGUGUGCCAGGACCCCGUCAUCGCGCAGCAGGCGAAGCUCCUGUUCCAGAAGAUCGACAAAGAAAUUGCUGCACGGCCCACAGCUCCGCCUACCACUAGCCUUGUCCGAACGCCCUCAGACAGUCGCUGGUCACGUGCCAGCUUCGGUGAGGCCCCCAAGGACAUCGAGGUAGUACACGGAAGCGAGCCAGGAUACAAGGAGCAGGUAGAGGUCGAGACCGCAGCCCUUUCUGAACGCUACAGGUUCUUCGAGAAUUUCAAAGAAGAAGCGGCAAGCGUAAAAAAGAAAUUCCAGAUGACACCGCCUCGUGAGUUAGAGCCUCGUAAUCGAGAUGCCUCACCUCCGCCCGUAUGCGAGCGAGACCCCAACGUUGUGGUCGGGUCUAUCACCACCACCGACAUCCCAAACGUGGACACUGCUACAAAAAUGAGACAAAAGUUCGAAACCCUCUGUCAAACGGGGGGUCUUCAAGAACCACCCGUCAAAACCUGCCAGGUCCCUAAGCCACGCCCGCUUAAAAAGCCGUCUUUAGACGCGUCUCCACCUCAGGUGACAGCAACUUCGUCAGCACAUGUAAUCGAAGAGGACUGCAUGCCCGCGGACAAUAUCACGCGCAACAUGAGAGCCGUCUUUGAAAGAAAUAAUGUCGCCGACAAGAAUAAUGGUUCAGGACAACUCUCGUCACCUGCAAGCACCGAAAGAGUCAACCCACCGAAAGUCAGCCGUUUCGUGUUCGGCACACCGGAAACCGAAGUGUGUUCUAUGUGCCAGGGUAAAGUGUUCCCUAUGGAACGUCGCGAAGCUAGCGGACUCGUUAUGCACACUAAGUGCUUCAAAUGUACUCGAUGCAACAUCAACCUCAGACUGGACGGGUAUAGUCAGAAGGGCGGCAAACUUUACUGCGAGGCGCACUACCAACAGCUGUUCAAGGUUAAGGGCAACUACGAUGAGGGGUUUGGGUGCGAGAAAUGGUCGCGCACCCCUUCACCGUCUGCGCAUGACGCCCCCCCAACGUCACUAAACCUACCGCCUGCAGCCUCCAAUCAAACUCUCAUCGCAUAGAUAGAUACAUAUAUACAUAUAUAUAUAUGUAUAUAUAGGGAAGGAUAUUCUAUAUGAGGCCUAUUCUAAAUGAGAUAUCCUAUAUCAACAAGCGCCACCGCCCCUCUCCCGCCCACAGCCUUUGUUCCUUGUUUUUGCUUACGAGAGAAAGAUAAAGGGGAAGAAAAGAGAAUGCACAAACAAGCAGGCUUACGUUUCACGUUUACGCUGCGAAUCUCGCGAACGGCCGUAAACGAUUACAGUUCACCUCAUCCCGCUUUUCAGUGAAGAUAUAGCUUUUCCGCUAGUAGGAAUUAUACAACACAGAGGAGUCACGCUUUUAGAGGAACACCAAGCUACUAAAUCCAUAGCCACUGUAUACCACUAGAGAUAUAGGAAAGCAUGUCAAGUGGGUCGUGUGACACGAACCAACACCUAAGCAUGCCGGUAGAUGAUGCAGAAUACCAAGAAAACUUAAUGUUUCGUUUGCUUCCUUUGAAUAUCUACAAGGUAUUCCAAUAUUAUACAUUAAUCAAUAUACAUGACUCUAAUAAUAAUAAACGAAGAUCGCAAAACAAUUAUUGCAGAUGUAAUAGCAAUCGACAAAUGGUCCAGUCUAAAAGACCUCUUCUAUCCACCUACACGUAAGAGUGCCGCUUCACUUCUAUCCGUUCGCAAGCUACAAGUCUACACGAGGAGAAUCAGAAGAAACUGAACAUAUAUAUUCUAUACAUAUAAAUGCAUAUAGUAAUAGCACUAUUAAUUGAUAAGAGGUGUAACGAAUAUAACUAUAGUAAAUACGUAAGGCAAGUCCGACGUCUCCUCGACCCCCUUUUACAAACUUCAAGCCGUAUACACC